AUCAAAUAUAAUUUUAUUCAUUCACAUAAAAAUAACUACAUUCGUUAUAAAAUCGAUUGAAAUGUACUAUUGAUUUAUACCGAUAAAAAUGAGCAUUGAAAACCUGAAGAACGCUCAGUGAAGUUUAUAAUAUUGUUCCACAAAUAAAAUUGUAAUAGAUUUAAUUUAAUUAAAAAAGGAUACAGACUUUGAAACAAUGAAGUAUUAAAGAACGCUUAAUAUCAAUUGUUCACAGAAACAAUGAGUAAUCCGUGGCUACGUGCAAAGGAAAUUGACAUCCCAGAAGAGGCUCUUCGACAAACAUUAGAACAUGAAGAUAAUACGUCUUUUUCAGACAAACUAUAUGGAACUGUAAAAAGGCAACCCUUUCUUAUAGCAGGGUUACUUGGGUUUACAACUGUAGCUGGAAUAGGUAUUUAUAAAUGGAGAACAAGAACAAUACCAGCAGCAUUGUUUAUUGUACAACUUAGAGUGGCAGCUCAAGGCACGGCUUUAGCAUGUUUAACUAUGGGAAUGGUACACCAAAUGUAUCAAACACUUACACAUCAUAGAGAGCAAUCUGAGAAAACUGAAUAGGUAUCUUCAAUGUAACAAGUGUAAACAUAAUAAUUUGGAAAUGAUUAUUUAUUUUGGUAGUCAAGAUAUUUAAAGUAUUAAAUGUAUAAACUUAUUAAGAUUCAAAAAUGUGAAGUCUGUGCAAUCACAUGACAGAAACAUAACAAAUUAUUAUUUAAAUGUGUAUAAAAAUACUUUUAUUAAAAUAUAUAUUUUAUUAAAACACCUUA